AUGCUUCAUUAUCAUCAUCAUCAUCAUCAUCAGCAGCAGCAGCAACAACAACAACAGCAACAACAACAACAACAACAACAACAACAACAACAACAACAACAACAACAUGUUGCUGAUAAAGAAAAACUUAUUGUUGAUAAUACUUCAACUAUUAUUUCUGUUUCAUCAUAUGAUGCUUGUAAUAAUUAUGACCAUGACGUAAAAUGGCGAAGUAAUUUUAUGGAACGAGCAGAUUUUGAUGUGUCAUUAGAAAAUGACCGAAAUUCAGAACCGAUACCACCACAACGAACUUGUUUUAAACGUAAUAGCUACGGUUCUAUUUCGAAUAAACAAAUGAUACAGCGUAGUACUUCGAUGUGCCAUACUUCAAAUAAUAAAGAAUCAAAUGAUAUUGCAAUCAAUUCCACCUCUAACAUUAUUCAACAAUAUCCUACAUUCAUUAGCCGAUCAUCCUCAAUGUCUAUUCCGGAAACAGCAAGAAUUUCCAUACCACCCAAACCGGCGCCACGACAAAUCGAUUAUAUGAAACGAACGACAAUAACUGUUGAUGUGCCUGAGAUCGAAAAUAGAAAUUUCGGAAAAGAGCCGAAACGACCAGUACCAAUACCACGACAGAGUAAACUUAAAGCAACAUUAAACGGUGAUUUAUUGAAGAAAUCUUCAUUUGCUGUGACAAAAAUACAACAUGGUAUCGUUAAUAGUCCGGAAUCAAUGAUAACGAUCGCAAAAACAAUGAAUAAAGUUAAUGAGGAAGAGAAUGAUAGAGGCGAAUGGAUGUUACGUCUGUAA